AUGCCUGCAAUUAACAAGACGUCUCCGGUAUUACUUAAAGAGCUGGUGAACGUCACAAGAGAAGCUGAGAACGUUGGACAAACUCAAAUAAACAAACAUGAUGCUCAAACAAUGCAGCUGCUGCUGCUGCUGUUGCUGCUACACGAACCACUUAGUGAAUCAAGACAAGGCGAAGAAAGUUCAGAAUUAAGAGAUUCGGAUCCUGAAGAUCAUCAUAAGGACGCCCAGGAGCUGAUGAACUCAAAGUUUGCUAAUGAAUAUAAUACGAAUUCCAGGAAGAAGCGGGCAUCUAAAGGCAGGGUAUUUCAAUGCACGGGGUACCCUGAUUGUAAUAUGUCGUUUACUAGAUCGGAGCAUUUAGCGAGGCACAAAAGGAAACACACAGGUGAAAGGCCGUUUACUUGUCCCCAUUGUCAUAAGAACUUUUCAAGGUUAGACAACUUGCGACAACAUAAGCAGACGGUUCAUGCGUAUGAAAACUUGAUGGGUAGGAACUCAAAUAAUAUGCCUAUUCCAGCCAAUUACAACUCUAGUGGUACGGGUGGCAGCAUGGCCGAUACUAAUAAUACUAACAACAUUCCUACUCCAAAUCAUUUACCCAGGUAUAAUGGUGCAAAUAAAGGAAUCCCAGAGAGUCCGUUGAAUUAUGGCUUUGGCAAUUCGCCUAGAUCAACCACGAUGAUCUCUCCCCCAAAUACAAAUUCACCUGUAAACUAUCACAUGCCAUACCAAAAUCAGCCAUAUCAAAGUCAGCCAUAUCAAAAUAACAGCUUCGAGCUGAGUAACAAUAGUGUAAAUAAUAGCCAUAAUAGCUUCCAGUAUCCGGAAUCACAGAUCAAAACUAAAAUUAACGAAUUCAAACCAAAAAGAAGACCACGGCCCUUAUCAUUAGUUCAUUCAUUCACCGAUAACGCAGCCCCUGAAAAUAACAGUUUACAUAUAGGACAACUGUUAAAAUCAGCGCCGGCGAUGUACAAUACGAACGGUGCAUUCACAUAUCCACCAAAAUCGGCCCCGUUGACUCCAAAUAUGGUUAGUCCGUUGUCGCCGUUAUUUCAUCAUACGUUCAAUCAAACAAUGGAUUUACCCAAAUCACCUCAUGUCUCAUCGAAAACUUUACGCUUACCACCUUAUAAUCACCCUAUCAACAAUAAUAACAUUCCAAGUAAUCCUGCGGACAAGAAUAUUACAUUGCCACCUGUUCAGGAAUUGCCUAUUCCAACGCAAUUUAACCCAAUAAAAAAUUCGAAAUCAUGGUUAAAAGAGGUAUUAAAUGAUGAUUCCGCUGCAUCCUCGAGCAGUACGAAUGAUACUAAUCGUCUAUCGGUUACACAAGAAGAUAAACACGUUUCGAAGAAACCGACAAUUAAUAACUUGUUAUCCCCAUAUGAUGAUGAUGAGUUUCCAAAUUCCAUAAAAUGA